CUCCUUUUUAGGGACAAACAACAUAAUAAUAAAAACAAUAAUUAACACACACAAAAUACUUAUUACUAUAAAUAUUAUAAUUUUUAUCAUUUAAUUCCUCAGAUCCGAUUAUGCCAAACAAACUCCUGUAGAAGAAGCCAGGGUUUUAUUUCCUCAAACAACAAAACCAGAGGAUAGAGAGAGAUUCAAGGCAUUUCAAUGCGGUGACCUAAGCUUCCAGUCAAUUCCUCGACGAAUCAUCUCUGCCGGGAUUUCUACUCCGCCGGCGACGAUGGCGUCUGACUUGCCUAUGAGCCCUCAGUUGGAGCAGAUUCACGGUGAAAUUCGCGACAAUUUCCGAGCUCUUGCAAAUGGAUUCCAGAGACUGGAUAAGAUCAAGGAUUCCAACAGACAAAGCAAACAGCUGGAGGAACUUACUGGGAAGAUGAGGGAGUGUAAAAGAUUGAUUAAAGAAUUUGAUCGUGAACUUAAAGAUGAGGAAGGUAAAAAUCCUCCUGAAGUAAAUAAGCAACUCAAUGAUGAGAAGCAAUCUAUGAUCAAAGAGCUGAAUUCUUAUGUGGCAUUGAGAAAAACGUUUAUGAAUAGCCUUGGCAAUAAGAAAGUUGAACUUUUCGAUAUGGGAGCAGGAGUAAGUGAACCAACAGCUAAUGACAAUGUUCAAGUGGCAUCAUCCAUGUCGAAUCAAGAACUUAUAAAUGCUGGGAUGAAGAGGAUGGAUGAAACCGACCAGGCAAUAGAACGCUCUAAACAGGUCGUUCAACAAACAGUGGAAGUGGGAACUCAAACGGCUUCUACCUUGAAGGGCCAAACUGAACAAAUGGGCCGCAUUGUUAAUGAGCUGGACACAAUUCAGUUCUCUAUUAAGAAGGCCUCCCAGCUAGUGAAGGAGAUCGGGAGGCAGGUGGCUACAGAUAAGUGCAUAAUGCUGUUUCUUUUUCUCAUUGUCUGUGGUGUAAUAGCCAUUAUUAUUGUGAAGAUUGUCAACCCCAAUAACAAGGAUAUCCGGGACAUUCCUGGAUUGGCACCACCUGCUCCAGCAAGGAGGCUGUUAUAUCUAAGAACUCCAGAGCCUUUUCAGUAGACUGAACUUUUCUGAUGAUUAUGUUUAGGAGUCCAAUUUUUAUGGUGUGUAUUCUAAGAGAUGGCUGUCUGGAUGAAAAUACAACUGUUUGUGGGCAUCUAUCGGCUCUUCCUUUCCUUUCCUAUUUAUUCCUUCUCACCUAUUAUGUGCAUAUCUUGUUUGUGGUAUUGUGUAAAUGAUAUGCGAGCAGGCUUUCCAUUGUUUUGAAUACGAUGCCAUGUUUUCUUUUUUCUUGUUACCAUUCAAGAUUGUUGUAAUGUUAGAAAGAGAAUAAUAUACUCGGCUUUGGGAUGUUUUUACGGUUA